AUGAUGCUCUUCAGCAAGACAUCCCCAGAAGUUCCGUCUCGUUUCGCCCGUGUCGUCUUCGAAGCAUUGCCGCUGACCGAAGCCUCGCCUAACAUCGACGACAUCCUUACCGAGACUGAUAUCUCCUUAUCGCCAAACGUUUCCUACCAUGACAGGUCUCAGCUUACACCCAGCAUAUUGAGGUACCUUCUUGGACGCUACGAACGCUGCAUCACGCCUCAGUAUGCUGUAUUCGUGCCUCAGCUCCUGAGCCACGACGGAGCAAGUUUCAAGAAGUUGCCCGAGUCUUCCAAGUUCAAAACUCUCAUGGCAUGUGGCAUCGCUGCCGCUCGAGAAUCUUAUCGAACUCCCGGCUGGAAGACUCUCGCGCAAAUAUGUCGGAAUUGGGCAAAUGAGUUGGUCACGCCGAUAAUCUCAGCCGGGGACAGUGAUACUCUGACGGCUGUUCUCCUUCUUCUCAUCUAUGAGUUGGCCGAGCCGAGCAGGGGCGUCACCUGGGAACUACUCGACCUCGCUGCGCGCACAUGCCUGCAGCUCGGAUGGCACCAAGCUCCUCUGAUCCCAAUUGCGGGGCGAGCUGAACAUGACGAUGGCCAAGAAAAUAUCGAAGGAGUCCACAUUUGCGGUCGCGAUGAGAUCCGUCUAAUGUCAGUUCUACGGAAGAUCGAAGGACCCAGUAUGCUGAGUGGUUCCAAACUGCCGACUACCUCUGAGAGCGAGACUCUGUACAAUCUAUACGCUCAAAUUUCUGACCAGCUUUAUGGCCGAGGUCGUGUGUACGAAGCUCAAGGAUGUCCAUUCGUUGGCGAGGUGGAAACACUGAUGCAUCUUCUCGACACCUUUCAUACACAACACCCAGCCGCCAAAGAGACCUGGAUUUCCUUCCUCCCGGUCUGCUUUGCUCAUAAGCAGUGCCUGUUCUGUUUUCAGGAAGCUGAUGAGGACAAUGCCAGAGGCAUGAAGAGUCUGAGGCGCAAAGUUGUGAGCCAGGCAUCCCAACUGAUUUCCACCGUUCACACCUGUGCCUCGUCGCCGCAUGAUUUCAUCCCGCCAAUCAUAGCUAGCUCUAGAGCCUUCAUCGCAGGAUGCUCCAUUGCGACGAGCAUCUCGAAGAAAUGGACACCCGCACAGUCGCACGCAAAAGAUUUGAUAAAAUGCACAGAGAUUCUUGCUCUCUUUGCACCGCACUGGAAAGGUGGCGACGACUAUCUAAGCGUUUGGAGAACUAUUAUCAACGUCCUUAAGUUGGAGUAG